AUGACCCUUUAUUUUGAUGUAGCUACCAAGUGUUUAGUGGCUCAGACUGACCUCGCUACCAUGACGGGACGUCCACUUUAUCCAUUUACGCUUUGCUACGGUCAUUUGAAUGAUUUGACCAGUAGCGAAGUAGACUGCUUCGGAUUGAUAGUUUCCAUCGCAGGAGAGGAGUGCCUCAAACAAUUCAAUGUAACUAUGGUUCUUUUACAACAGUUGAUGGUGCGGGGGAUCCGAAGUGUUGGACCGUCAGAGGAAGAAACACAAGUGAUACGCUUUCUUAACCCUCUCACAAUCAUUAGCGGACCGAAUGGAAGCGGUAAAACGACACUGAUAGAAGCUCUAAACUAUAUAACCACCGGAUCACUACCAGCAGGGAAGUUGGCUUCAUUUGUUCACAGUUUGGAAGCUUCUCACAAAGCUCGCGUCGAUGGUAUGGUGAAAUUGCAGUUCACGGACUGCAAGGGACGAACAUGUGUUGCUACUAAGCGGGUGAAUGCGACUCUGAAAAAGGAUGGUAAACUGCAGUGCAAGUCGGAUGAGUUCAAUAUCCAAGUCACCACGGCUGAUGGACAAGUGGGCAGCUUGUCAUCGAAAGUGGCAGAUUUUCAAAAGGAGAUUGUGAAUCUUCUUGGUGUGCCAGCUGCUAUCUUGGACAAUGUCAUUUUCUGCCAUCAGGAAGACUCUGACUGGCCUCUCAGCGAACCCAAAGAAUUGAAGCAACGAUUUGAUCGUAUUUUCCAGCUGACCAGGUUUGUAAAAGCACUGGAUGUGAUGAAGAAGAUGAAAAGGGAUUAUGAGAUGGAGCUAGCCACUCUUGUUGAGAAACAGAACUGCAGAGAGAUGACAGUCAAAUCAAAGGGGAAGUACAUUCAACAACGUGACUCUUGCGAAGAAAUUCGUAAGGAAUCAAAGGAGAAGAUUACAGAAUUAGAGGAGAAAGUAGAGGAGUGCAACAACAUUAUCAAAAACGCAAAUGACCAGCUUCAAAAAUUGGAGGCACUGGAGCGCAAAGCAGAACUCAAGAGGUCCGAGUUACGUAUGCUAACCGAUCAACUUGCAACAAUUAGAGUGUCCCCCUAUAAUGGAACUGAAGAGGAGUUGAGGGCUGAGAUACGUGAGAUGGAUUCUUCUUCCGAAUUUCGUGAGCUAGAAUCUCAACGAGAGCGUUUGAGAAAGAAAAUUGAAACAGCAACGAGGGAUAUAGUCAGGUUGAAAAGGGAGAAGGAAGAGGCAGAAAGUGAAAUGCGUAAACUGAUGAGCUGUGAGAUGUUACGACGUGAUCUUGAAAAAGAGGUGGAGGCCGCCGAGUCCGAAUUAAUCAAGGCUUAUGCCUUGAAUGGACCAAAUCAUGUGGCUGAGUUGCAGGAAAAGAUUGAGAAGGACGAACGUGAGCUUAAGGAGCUUAGAGAAUCUUCGGUUAGCACGCGUGAAAGAGAACAAGCUAGGCUAGAUGCAGCUCAGAUGGAAUCGUCAAAGUUACGAUGUGAGUUGGAUGCCGCCUCUGCUACUAUAGAAUCACUCAAACGUGAGAUGAGUGGCAUUGAAAGAAAGUUGAAGGAUGCAGCCGCAUCGAGCGAUGAAGUCUCUGAGCUAUCUGAGAAAAUCAAAAACGUUGAAACAAGACUGUCAGCUAUGCCCGAUGUUGACGAAAAACGAAGUGAAGGCUUGAGAAAGAAGCGACAACGAGUGCAGAAAGAGGUCGAGGCUUUGCGACAAACUUGUUCGAAAGCCGAAGAGUUUGAAGAGAUUGAGCGAGAAGUAGAGAGGAAAGCUACUAAGAAAGAAGAGCUCGAUAACGAACUUAAUGCUCUUCUGGAGAAGCAUGCAGACGCGUUCAUUGCAAGUUUUGGAAAGAAAACAAAUGGACCUUGGAGCUCUUCUGUAAAUGCUCUUGUGAAAUCCGGAGAAGAAUCAAAUCGACUGAUUGAAAACGAUUUACGAAGAAGCGAAAGAGAUCUGGACCGCACAACUCAAAGUUUGGAACAAUCGCGAACAGAAGAAGAGCAGUUACUUGGUGAAGUUGAACAACUACGGAAGAAGAUUUUUGAUCUGUGCGGAUGCUCUUCGCAAGAUGUAGCUGAGAAUUUGUCAGAAACUCGCCAUCUACUUAUCAAAGCGAGGAAGGAGCUAGCUUUGCUCAAGACAAAAGCUACAAUGUAUGAACAAUGGAGUGAGGAAACGAAGACUCGUUCCUGCUGUCCGCUUUGUGAACGCAAAUUUGCAAACAAAGCUAGUGCCAGUGAGCUGUCCGGGAAGCUUUUGGAUAUGAGCUUGUCGAUGCCAGACGACAUCCAGAAAUUAGAAAAACAGGUUGCAGAAGCUGAAGAAAAAGAGCGGCUCCUUGCAAAUGCUGUUGUCUACGUCGAUCAGUGCAAAAAAAUUAUGGAGGAAAAAGUGCGACAUGUAAGGAAGCAGAUUAGUGAUUACCGUAAGCAAGAAGCAUCUCUCACUACGAAAGUCGAGGAGUUAAAAGAAAACAUGGAAAAGGCUAUGAACAAACAUAAGCUGUUGCUUGAGAUCAAGUCUGAUGUAUCGCUGAUGGAUUCUUUAUUCACAUCAGCUCAAGCACUCGACAACGAGCUGAACGAAUUGCGAAGAAGCCUCAAGCCCUCUGUACAUAAACAGCCCUUGUCAGAACUGAAGAAAGAACUUUCUGCGAAAGAGGGGUCUAUCGCUUCUGUUUCUGCAGAGCUGGACGAGAUGCAGGUUACUGUAGCCGAACGGAACAAAUUGACAACAGAGUUACACGCGUUCAAGGAGCGCCGAAUAGCUCUUGGAGAGUUGACCGCGCAAACGGCUCAUUUGAACGAAACACUAGUGCGACAUCGUGAAGAGCUUGCAAAACUGUCUGCAAGGCGUGACGCGAUUGCGAAAACUGAGCUGCCACAAGCUAACAAGACCUUGAAUGAUGCUAAAAAUGCUCGUGACACAGCUGAACGUUUUGCCAAGGAACAGGAGGAGAUAAAGCUUUUAGGAAUAAGAAAAAUCUGCGAUCAUUAUAGCGCUUAUAACACGCUAAAGGAGAGGCUGUCGAAAGCAUCACUGGCUGCUAAGGAAGGACAAGUGGAUGCUCUGAAACUACGCAUUACUGAGAAAGAUCAGUCUAUUAUUGAUCUAGAGAAGAGAAAAGCUGGUUUUGAGCUGGGAAUCAAUGAUUUGGAAGGGACUCACGUCAAGCGUCGCACGCUAGAAGACCAGCUAACACGGAUGCUGGUCGAGAAUAAGGUUGCGGUGCUUGAAAAAGAGCUCAAGGAUUUAGUUUGGAACGUUGAGGAGAAAGAGGCUUUGAUUCAAAAGCGUUUGGAAGCAACUCGUGAUCGGGACCGUUCAGGUUUGGAGAAAGCACGACUUCAUGGACAACUGGAAGAAGUAGAGAAGAAGAUCAGCGAGGCCAAAUUAGCUUUAUCUUCAAAAGAAAUGAAACAAGCUGAAAAGCUUUAUCACGAUGUUAUGGUUGACAGAAUCGUAACUCAGGAAAUGAUCUCGGAUCUGGAGAAGUAUAUGCAGUGUCUUGACGUUUCUAUCAUCCAAUUUCACACAGAAAAAAUGGCUGCCAUUAAUAUGAUAUUAGAUGACUUGUGGCGAAAGGUUUAUGGUGGAAGUGAUAUACAAACGAUACGCAUAAAGUCUGAAUGCGUGACGUCUACGGAGAAGCGGAAAGCAUAUGACUACAGAGUUGUGAUGAUAGUCAAUGAUGGUGUGGAACUUGAUAUGAGAGAUCGAUGUAGUGCUGGACAGAAGAUGUUGGCAUGCAUACUGAUCCGUAUUGCUUUGGCUGAUGUAUUUGGAGGAAUGUGCUCAAUCAUAGCUCUCGACGAACCAACGACCAACCUAGACGCGAGAAAAGUAGACCAUAUCGCUGCCAUGCUUAACAGCCUUGUUGCUGUACGCAGAAGAGGCUACUCAGGUUCUGAUGGCCAGAAGAAACCUUUUCAGAUGAUCAUAAUCACUCACGAUGAUCGUCUAGUGGACAGACUUAUGAUCGGAUCAAAGCCGGAGUUUAUUUAUGUACUUGAGAAAGACUGCUAUGGAAUUUCGCAUGUGAAGAGGCAAUACUCAGACGGGCGCGCAGAGGAGGCCAAUGGACAUGAGCGCUAUCGUAAUGGUCACCGCUGAACUAUUAAAUUCAUGUCUGAAAUGAUUAUUUAUCAUUGGUAUUAUCAAUGCAACUCGGACUCACUCCAAUUGCAUGCACUGAAUCUCAUUUUUUACAUUUUUCUGUGACUGUAUGGUAAUAUACAACUUAUCAUUUUCCUUUUCUUCUUUUGUUGAGUCUAGGUCUCAUUACCUGGUUACAACCUGAUUUCUUCUUUUUUUAGAACCUUUUUAGAAGCAUGUAAACACAUCUGUGUCAUAAUUUGCCCAUUUAUCGGGUGAUCCUAUCUCGGUUCAUGUAACGUGUCCUUGCCCGAUAUUGGAAGUUUAGUAUAU